CUCUCUUGUCGCAAAGGGGUCGUUACGUUUCGAGCGACGCUCGCGACCACUGGCAGCGUAACUGGAAUAAACACGGCUCUUCUAAUAUAAAAACGGAGAAAUGGGGAAAAAACACAAGAAACAUAAACCGGAGUGGAGAACAGUUGAUGACCAUGAGGACAAGGCCCUUGAGAAGCCCCUAAAGCUUUUUCUCAAAGUUGGAGGAAGUGAGGUGACAGAGCUCUCGGGUUCGGGCCAUGACUCCAGUUACUACGAUGACCGAUCAGACCACGAGCGAGAACGCCAUAAAGAGAAAAAGAAGAAGAAGAAGAAAAAGUCAGAAAAGGAUAAAGACAAAUAUGUGGAUGAUGAGGAGAGAAGACGGCGUAAGGAUGAAAAGAGGAAGAAGAGAGAGCGAGAGCAAAAGGAAUCAGAGGCAGCAGCUUCUACUGCUGCCAGUGCCGGUGUACCUGUUGAGCCUUUUACAUUGCCAAAAAGUAUAAGUAUUGGAUUGGAGCCGGAAGAGAAGAAAAAGAAGAAAGAGAGAGACAGAGAAAGAGAGAGAGAAAGAGAGAGAGAGAGAGAGUUUAAGCUGGAGCCUGAGCCUGAGCCUGAGCCUGAGCUUGAGCCUGAGCUUGAGCCUGAAGUGGAUGAGUUUCACUCCGAUAUGCAGUUGGACCUGGAACAACAAGGAGACAGGCCGGUCCGAGCCUGCAGGACACAACAAGAAAGUGAAUCCACUCCUCGCCAACAACUUCUAGAGCACUUUCUGAGGCAGUUGCAGAGAAAAGACCCCCAUGGAUUCUUCUCCUUUCCAGUAACAGAUGCAAUUGCCCCUGGUUACUCAAUGAUCAUCAAACAUCCUAUGGACUUCAGCACCAUUAAAGACAAGAAUGAAAACAAUGACUAUAACACGGUUACAGAAUUCAAGGCGGACUUUAAACUGAUGUGUGACAAUGCCAUGGUGUACAACCGACCAGAGACUGUCUAUUACAAAUCUGCAAAGAAACUGCUACAUACAGGAUUUAAGAUGAUGAGCAAGGAACGACUGUUGGCUUUGAAACGCAGCAUGUCUUUCAUGCAGGACAUGGACUUUACCCAGCAGUCAGCCAUUUUGGGAAAUGAAGACCUUGCAGCGGAUCUACCUCCUCCAGAGAUAACCCCCAUCCCAGUGGAAUCAGCUAAGAAGUCCAAGAAACAACCAGUUACAGACAUGAAGGAAGUCAUCAGUUACCUGUUUGAACCAGAAGGAAACGCCUGCAGCUUGACUGACAGCACAGCAGAGGAGCAUGUCCUGGCACUCGUUGAGCAUUCUGCAGACGAAGCUCGAGAUCGGAUCAACAGAUACAUGCCCAACUCCAAGAUGGGCUACCUGCGUAAAGAGCCAGACAGCUCUCUUCUAUACACUGUCGUGAAUCAGCAGGAACCUGAUGCAGAAGAAGAGGAGACUGAUAAAGUGGACCUGAGUUCUCUGUCAAAUAAACUUAUGCCUGGAUUAACAACCUUGGGUUUCAAAGAUGACAGGAGACACAAAGUAACGUUUCUGAGCAGCGCCUACAAUGUUCAGACCCUGCAGAACAACUCCAUCUUUCCAGACCUGCUACCUGAUGAGGUGGACUCGCUCUAUUCAGCCUAUGGCGAUGACACAGGGGUGCAAUGUGCCCUCAGCAUACAGGAGUUUGUCAAGGGCUGCGGAGAUGUCACGAAGUGUUGGGUUGACAGGCUUCUGGACAAGAUGACCGCAGACGAUCACACCAAAGCUGUCAGUCAAAUCCGACAGAAAAGAAACAUUAUGCUAAAACCUGAUGAAAACAAGUCCAACAUAUGUGACAUGCAGAUGGCAGACGGCACCGGUCUGGGAGACAGUGGCUCAGUCCUGGACUUCAUGUCAAUGAAGAACUAUCCUGAUAUGUCUAUGGAUUUAGCCAUGCUGAACUCAUUAGGUAAAACAGUGAAAAAAGAGCCGGGCAACGAGGAGGGCCAGCAGCACUUUGACGAUACAGACAAACUCCUGCAGGACUUCCAGGAGGCUCAAGUGGACCGAGUCGGCUCCAGGCCCUCGUCCAACGUGUCCUCCCUCUCUAAUGCCUCAGAGAGGGAUCAGCACCACUUAGGAAGCCCAGCACACCUGGACCAGCCUGAAAUGGUUCACGAUCCCUACGAGUUCCUGCAGUCUCCGGAGAGCACCGCCAACAGCUGACCACACACACUGCCAUGUUGUUGUGUUGGUGUGAACAGCACUGGGUACUUGGACUGUUUAAACACCGCAGAGACAGCAGGAGCUGUUUUAAAGACUGAUUAUGGUUGCAGAGUGUUUCUAGUGUUAUUGUAUGGUUUUGUAUGAGUGCAACAAAUAAAUGCUUGCACAUGUGUGUGUGUGUGUAUA